AUGUGCGAAACUGUAAAAAUUGGUGAAUAUAUAGUUAUUCAGAAGCAGAAUUACAGAAAAUUACAUAAGUUUAAUAAACCUGAUUCAACUAUUAAUUUAGGGCGUGAUACUGUAAACUUAAAAGGAAUUGAAGGGUGCCCAUAUUUCUCAAUUUUCAAAUUAAUUCCUAAAACUAACAAAAAAAAUAGAGAGUAUACUGUAGAAUUAGCAGAAGAAGCAGUAAAUUUAAAAGAUGAAAUAGAUAUUAAAGUGUCUGGGAAUGAUAAUAGAAAUAUUAUUGAUGAUGGUAGCUCACAAAAAUUGACUGCAGCAGACAUAGACACUUUAAAAAGUGAUUCACACAAAGCCUCUGAUAUAGUUGAGACGUUAAUUAGUAAUUCUAGAACAUUUCAUAACAAAACUGAGUUUUCACAAGAUAAAUAUUUAAAGAAAAAAGAAAAGAAGUAUUUUGAAUACUUUCAAGUGUUAAAACCUAAUUUAAGAAUUAUCUGUGAGGUGAUGUAUAAAUUAGAAGCAGGAAAAAUUCAAAAUCUUCGUAUAGAUACAUUGUCCCAAAUUAUCUCACACACUAAUAUACAUUCUGAGGGCAACCAUUUGUUGUAUGACUCAGGAUCAAAUGGUCUAAUGGCUGCCGCAUUACUGAGUGCUAUUGGAUGUCAAACAAAUGGAAAACUAGUUCAUUUGCAUCCAGGUAAUAUGUCACAAAAGCAGGCUUUGUUAGCCAUGAACUUUUCUGAAGAACAAAUGUCUAGAUGCAUUUCAGUCAAUGUUUAUUCUGUACUAAGACAGUAUUAUCAAGGCUGUGACACUAAUAAUAUUAAUAAUCAUGAAGCAUUGAUUACUGAAGAAAAUCUAUUAAAAAGAAAGAGAGAAGAAGAAAUAGGAAAUAACACAGCUAAGCGGCUAAAACAGGAAACAAGUCAAGAUACCGCAGAUAAUGAUAGCUCUAAAACCACUCCAGGUGUGGACAAAGCUAGGGAGAAUAAGAAGCCAAGAUGGCAUUUUGAUAACAUUGCUGCUUCAGAGAUACUACAUGGCAAAAUGGACUCCUUGGUAAUAGCAUGUAAAGAAGAUCCACAAAAUAUUUUUGAUGAGUUGAUGUCCUUCGUGAAACCAAGUCGACCAUUUGUCAUUUACUAUAGUGUAGCAGAACCUUUACAACAGCUGUAUGGUACUCUUAAGUCCAAAGGCAAUGUAGCUGGUCUAAAACUAACCAGCAAUUGGUUAAGAAAUUAUCAGGUAUUGCCCGAAAGGACACAUCCUGAAGUGACUAUGAAUGGAUCCAGUGGUUUUCUACUAAGUGGUUACAUAUUUAAAUAG